AUGGCUACUCCUCUUGCCUUGCCUCCCAAUACCAGCCAGGAAAGUUUUGCGCGUUUCCUUGGAGUACUUCUUGGCUUCGGCUGUGAUCUGCCCGCGCUCUGUACCAAAUCUUCAGGCCAUCGUCCUCCCAAAUUCUCUCUAUGGUCUACAUCCAUUGGUCGCAACUCCGGUUAUGGGGCCGCUGCUCCUAGGCUGCGCGGAAGUAUCGUUAUUGACCUUGGAAGACAUAUGAAUCGAGUCCUCGAGGUUAAUGUCGACGAGGCCUAUGCUAUUGUGGAGCCCGGUAUUACUUUCGCUGACCUUCACCAGUACCUAGUCGAUAACAGCCUAAGAGAUACGCUCUGGAUUGAUGUUAUCGACCUGGGUGGUAGGUCGGUUCUUGGGAAAUACUGUGGAGAGGGGAGUAGGAUGUACACCUUACAGAGGCAGGUCUUAAGCCAUAUUAUAUGCAAAUGUUGA